CUCUACUGAAUGGGAGCAGUGUCCCCUUCCCGCCGCGGCGUCCCCCGUCGCCGCCUCCAACUCCGACUUGCCAGCGGCCGCAGAUGCAGAACCCCAACGCCACCAUCCUCCAGCUCUACCACUCGGGCCGCCUCUCCGCCGCGCUCCGCGCCUUCGAGUCGCUCCCCGCCUCCGCCCCUCUCUCCGCCGCCGCCUACGCCGCGCUCGUCGGGGCCUGCUCCCGCCUCCGCUCCCUCCCGCACGGCCGCCUCAUCCACCGCCACCUCCUCGCCUCCUCCCCCGACGGCGCCGGGCUCGCCCGCAACACCGUCCUCAGCAACCACCUCAUCACCAUGUACGGCCGGUGCGCCGCCCCGGACUCCGCCCGCGCGGUGUUCGACGGGAUGCCCGACCGGAACCCCGUCUCCUGGGCCGCCGUCAUCGCGGCGCACGCGCAGAACGGCCGCUGCGCCGACGCGGUGGGCAUGUUCUCCUCCAUGCUGAGGGCGGGGACCGCACCCGACCAGUUUGCGCUUGGCAGCACGGCGCGCGCCUGCGCGGAGCUGGGGGAUGUGGGACUCGGGAGGCAGGUGCAUGCGCAGGCCAUAAAGUCGGAGGAUGGAAGUGACUUGAUUGUGCAGAACGCGCUCGUCACGAUGUACUCCAAGAGUGGCUCGGUUGGGGAUGGGCUCACGCUUUUUGAGAGGAUUAGGGACAAAGACUUGAUCUCGUGGGGUUCAAUUAUUGCCGGGCUUGCACAGCAAGGGUGUGAAAUGGAGGCAUUACGAAUUUUCAGGGAGAUGAUCGCUGAGGGCAUGCAUCUCCCAAAUGAGUUCCAUUUUGGAAGCGUCUUUAGGGCCUGCGGAGUUUUUGAUAGUUUGGAGUUUGGGGAGCAGAUUCACAGUUUAUCGGUCAAGUAUAUGUUGGACCGUGAUUCAUAUGCAGGUUGCUCACUAAGUGACAUGUAUGCCAGGUGCAAUAAGCUUGAGUCAGCCAGGAAGGUGUUUUACAGGAUCGAGGCACCUGAUUUGGUUUCUUGGAAUUCCUUGAUAAAUGCUUACUCUGCCAAGGGUCUCCUUAGUGAGGCUAUGGUCCUCUUCUCUGAGAUGAGAGAUUCUGGUCUGAGGCCUGAUGGCAUCACUGUUAGGGGUUUAUUGUGUGCGUGUGUUGGCUAUGAUGCUUUGAGUCAAGGUAGAGCCAUCCACUCCUACUUGGUCAAAUUAGGUUUGGACAGGGAUGUUACAGUAUGUAAUUCUUUACUCAGCAUGUAUGCUAGGUGUUUGGAUUUCCCCUCUGCAAUGGAUGUCUUUAAUGAGACAAAUGAUCGUGAUGUUGUCACCUGGAACAGCAUUCUUACUGCUUGUGUACAGAGCCAGCGUUUGGAAGAUGUAUUUAGGUUAUUCAGCCUCUUGCACAGAUCAGUGUCAAGUCUGGAUAGGAUCAGCUUAAGUAAUGUUCUGAGUGCUUCUGCUGAGUUGGGUUACUUUGAAAUGGUGAAACAGAUCCAUGCAUAUGCGUUCAAGGUUGGACUGGUGAGUGAUACAAUGCUGAGUAAUGGUCUGAUUGACACUUAUGCUAAAUGUGGAAGUUUAGAUGAUGCGAACAAGCUCUUCAAAAUAAUGGGCACUGGUCGUGAUGUAUUCUCUUGGAGCAGCUUGAUUGUUGGUUAUGCCCAAUUUGGUUAUGCCAAGGAAGCACUUGAUUUAUUUGCCAGGAUGAGAAACCUAGGAAUCAAGCCAAAUCAUGUAACCUUUGUUGGUGUUCUCACAGCAUGCAGCCGUGUAGGACUUGUUGAUGAAGGUUGUUAUUACUACAGUAUUAUGGAGCCUGAAUAUGGCAUUGUCCCAACAAGAGAGCAUUGCUCAUGCGUGAUUGAUUUGCUGGCACGUGCUGGGAGACUAAGUGAGGCAGCAAAGUUUGUCGAUCAAAUGCCAUUUGAGCCUGAUAUUAUAAUGUGGAAGACUCUGCUAGCUGCUAGCAAAACACAUAAUGAUGUGGAGAUGGGGAAGAGGGCAGCAGAGGGUAUUUUAAAUAUUGAUCCUUCUCAUUCAGCAGCCUAUGUCCUGUUGUGCAACAUAUAUGCUUCUUCAGGCAAUUGGGACGAGUUUGCAAGAUUGAAGAAGGCUAUGAGAAGCAGCGGUGUCCAGAAAUCACCUGGGAAGAGUUGGAUUAAACUCAAGGGCGAGCUAAAAGUCUUUAUUGUAGAGGACAGAUCACACCCAGAGGCUGAUGAAAUAUACACAAUGCUGGAGCUGGUUGGAAUGGAAAUGGUAAAGUCCGGUUAUAUUCCAGAACUUCCACGACACUCAUGCAAAUAUACUAGUUUUGAUCACACCGAUUUGUUGAAUGAAGAAAUAUUAGUUGAAUACGGUUGAGUUUGUUCACAACAGUCAUUGCUGAUUCCGGAGGUUUUUCAUUUACCAUGUCACAAGAAGUUCUUGUCAAAUGCCCAUGGAAAUCAAUAGAGGUUCACCAGAAUUGCAGUGCCAAACCUGGAGAAGGUACACAGAGCUUACCUUUAUGCUGUAUUUUGAUAACUCAGUAACGGGAGGUUGCGGAUUUCCUUUUCCCUGGAUGGAUGGAAAGAAAAGGAUACAAUUUGGCCAACACAAGUGGUGGCAAUGGCGAGGCCAGAAAGGAUGGACCCGAGCAGAUUUAGCUUGAGAUCAGUAACUGAAGCGAUGCCUACUCCAAGAAGAAGAUUGUCUCCAAUAGCACAGUGAAAGGUAUGAUCGCCAAUUUUGUCAUCUGCAGAACAUACCAAGUUUAAUGUAUUUGAUCAUGUUAUAUAGAGAAAGAUACCCAGAUGGAGCUUACUUGAUAGAAUCCAAUGGAGUUGAAUCCUAAACUAAGGUUGAGAAGGCCAAUUGAAGUGCCAUUCAGCAACCCAAAGAGUAUCACCGUCUGUCCAUCAAUUGCCUUGGGCUCAAAGAAAUGCAAGCGCUGUGCCACAUGGAGGGUGCAGAAGGUCACCAUCAGAUGCCAGCUUGUUAAUGUUGUAGCUGGAUAGGUUCAGCAACAAGGCAAGUCAGCACUACGCUCUGAUGACAAUGGCAACUGAAGAUGCAACAGAGAGUGCAAGUGACCCGAUCACACCAAGCUGGAAACCAGCUGACAUCUUGACCACCUGGUGUUUCUCUGCUUGUCCGAAUCCAAAUUAUUUGUAAAAAAAAAAGAAUUAGUCCAAGGUAUGUGUACUACUCACUUGAGAAAGUAAAAGCAUGUCAAGUUCGUUCCCUGUGCCUGAUUGGCUUGAAUUCAUCGCUGUUCAUUCUAGAACACAAGGGGUGUUCACAAAAUCUUAGCUGCCUGAUUCAUGUACAAGAACCAUAUGUAGAAAUGGUAUCCAUGUUAAGGUUGUUAGAUUGCACAA